AUGACUUCUGUGUACGCCAAGGGGACCCGCGUCUGGUUGCCCGACACCACAGCUGGCUGGGUUCCGGGCACGGUCACCUCUGUGGUGCUUCCCCGCGACGGUGAACCCUCGUCCGAGGUCGCCAUCACCGUCUCAGUGGAUGGCUCCGACAACACGGUCAAAGACUACAAAUGCUCGCUUGCCGAUCUCCAAGCGGCAUCUGACUCCAAUGGCAACAGUCUGCCUGCCAGCUCCCAAUCGCCAGGCCAAGAUGCGUUGCCUCCCCUUCGUAACCCUCCUCUCCUCGAGAGCUCAGAGGACCUGGCGAGCUUGAGUAACUUGAACGAGCCCAGUGUUCUGCAUGCGAUUGCCACGCGAUACGAGGCGCACCAGCCAUACACAUACUCUGGAAUUGUCCUGGUCGCGUUGAAUCCAUUUAGCCCUGUCCCCCUCUGCAAAAAGAAAGGCGAGCUCGAGCCGCAUCUGUUUGCCAUUGCCGAGGAAGCAUUGGACUACAUGCGUCGAGGCAGUGGCAACGGCGGCGUUGACCCGACCGGUGCCGGUGACCAAACCAUUGUUGUCAGCGGAGAGAGUGGAGCGGGAAAGACCGUUUCUGCCAAGUACAUCCUUCGCUACUUUGCGUCAGUCCACAAUCACGCCAGAGACCACUCGACCGCUCGUCGUCCAGGAGAUGGUCCCGGCGAUGACGAGGGCAUGAGCGAGAUUGAGCGCCAGAUCCUGGCGAGCAACCCUAUUAUGGAGGCUUUCGGUAACGCGAAGACCACAAGGAACGACAACAGUUCGCGCUUCGGCAAAUACAUCGAGGUCCUGUUUGACAGUGGAAACGAGAUUGUGGGCGCCCGGGUCCGCACGUACUUGCUCGAACGGUCGCGUCUGGUGUACCAGCCCGAAACGGAACGCAACUACCACAUUUUUUAUCAACUGCUUGCAGGUGCACCUGCCAAGGAACGCAAGGACCUCUCUCUCCCGGCGGACCCACAGCAGUUUGCGUACCUCGCUGGUGGUGGCCCAUCAUCCUCGACCAUCCCAGGAGUUGACGACGCCAAGGAGUUCCGGGACACUCAGGAGGCUCUGAGCACCGUUGGAAUCUCAGUGGAGCGCCAAUGGCACAUCUUCAAGGUGCUUGUUGCCUUGCUCCAUCUCGGCAACGUUCGCAUCACUCAGUCUCGCACCGAUGCUGUCCUGUCCGAUGACGACGCCUCUCUUGUUCUGGCCACUGAACUGCUUGGAUUGCCUCUCGCCGAAUUCAAGAAGUGGACGAUCAAGAAGCAGUUGAUUACGCGCAACGAGAAGAUUGUAACGAACCUGGGUUCGGCUCAAGCCACUGUCGUCCGAGACUCCGUUGCCAAAUACAUUUACUCCUGUCUUUUCGACUGGCUUGUCGGCAUUGUCAACGACAGCUUGGCGGGAGACAUCACAGCGCCGGACGCACCAAAGCCGACGAAGUUUAUUGGUGUCCUCGACAUUUAUGGCUUUGAGCACUUCAAAAAGAAUUCAUUUGAGCAGUUCUGCAUCAACUGGGCCAACGAGAAGCUUCAGCAGGAGUUCAAUGCUCACGUCUUCAAGCUUGAGCAGGAAGAGUAUAUGCGCGAAGAAAUCAACUGGACGUUCAUUGAUUUCACCGACAAUCAGGCCUGCAUUGACAUCAUCGAGGGCAAGAUGGGUGUUCUGACUCUGUUGGACGAAGAGUCGCGACUUCCUGCCGGUGCAGACGCCUCGUUUGCCAACAAGCUCCACCAGCAGCUGGACAAACCGGAGCACAAGGGUGUCUUCAAAAAGCCACGGUUCAACCAGAACGCGUUCACUAUUGCUCACUACGCUCACGACGUGACAUACGACGUUGACGGUUUUAUCGAGAAGAACCGUGACACUGUGCCAGACGAGCACCUCGCCCUCCUGCAAGCAUCGUCCAAUCCAUUCCUUGCCGAAGCUUUUGACCGCUCGUCAUCUGUUGCCUUGGCGGCGACUAAUGCCAACAAUGCAGCUGCCGAUGCGCGAGCGGGGCCCAAGCGUGCCGCGGCUCGCAAGCCGACCCUUGGAUCCAUUUUCAAGUAUUCGCUGAUCAGCUUGAUGGACACUAUCAACAACACCAACGUCCAUUACAUUCGCUGCAUCAAACCGAACGAGUCCAAGAAGGCAUGGACGUUUGAACCUCAGCAGGUGUUAUCUCAGCUUCGCGCCUGCGGUGUCCUCGAGACGAUUCGCAUCAGUUGCGCGGGAUACCCAAGCAGAUGGACGUUUGGCGAAUUUGCCAGUCGCUACUACGUCCUUGUCAACUCGAAGGAGUGGGAAGCCAACUCGGACGUCAAAGCGUUUUGUCACGUUCUACUGCAGCGAACUCUCAAGGAUGAGAACAAGUACCAGAUCGGUCUCUCCAAGAUCUUCUUCCGAGCGGGUAUGGUUGCCCUGCUGGAGUCGCUCCGUACCGCCCGCCUCAAUGCCCUUGUCACGUUGGUCCAGAAGAACGUCCGCCGCAGGAUCGCAUACAAGCACUACCAAGACCUUCGCAAGAAGACCAUCGUCAUCCAGGCUUGGUGGCGUGGCGUUCUGGGUCGCCGUCGCGCGGAAGAGAUGCGCAAGGAAGCUGCCGCUAUCCUCCUUCAACGUGCCUCUCGCGCUCUUCUCCAACGCCGCGCAUAUGCAAAGACAAGACACGCGGUCAUCUCUAUUCAGUCAGCCAUCCGUGGAUACCAGGCUCGCAAGCGGUGCUCCGAAGACAGGACCUUGCACGCUGCGGUCGUCCUUCAAAGCCUGUUUCGUGGACGUGCCGCCCAGCAACGUCGUCUUGGGGAAGUUCGCCGAGUGGUUGUACUGCAAUCGCAAUGGCGUCGCAAGCUGGCCGUCCGUGAACUUCAGACACUCAAGGCAGAUGCCAAGUCGGCAUCCAAGCUCAAGGAGAUCUCGUACCAGCUUGAGAACAAGGUCAUCGAGCUCACUAAAACCUUGCAAAAGCGGACAGCGGAUAACAAGAGUCUCAACGUGCGUGUUUCUGAUCUGGAAAAGGAGAUUGUUGUCUGGCAAAACAAGCACGACGAAGUCCAUCGCCGUUCCCUGGCCCUGGAGGCCAAGCUUGCGCUACCGACCGUCCCGCAGUCCAAGUUCGAUGAACUGUUUGCUUCAAAGGACGAGAGUGAGGGCCGUUUGCGCACAACCAUGAAGCGCGUCACCGAUCAAGAAGAGGAGAUUCGCCGCCUUUCAACACAACUCGAACGUACGACCGUCGACUUCAACGAACGUCAGUCAGCGAUUGACACUGCUGUCUCAAAGCAUGUCGAUGACGCUUCGACCAUGUCCGCUCUUCGCCACGAAGUCGCCACGCUCAAGGAGCAGAUCAGUCGCGCCAACGCCCUACAGGCCCUUACCAAAGGGCAGCGCGAUGCUCCUCCAUCUCCCACGUUCGAUCGUGGCCUGCGCGACUUUGCGAACGGUCUGCCAGGGUCCGAGUCGCGUGGGGCUGCCGCUUCCCGUCGUCACCGUCGUCGCCAUAGCACCACGGGGCAUGGGUCGUCGGCCAUGGCACACUCUGAUGACGAUGGCUUCGAUUACAAGCGUGCCCCGUCAAGCAACCCUCGUGCCGUCUCUGUCAUGUUCCCCCAGAACAACCGUCCCCGCGACUCCAAUGGCCUCCCGACAGUCAGCGACACGACUGUUGACGAGAUUGUUCGCCUGCUCGAAGACGAGGAGGGACUGGACGAGGACGUUCUCCAUGGUCUCAUCGCCAACCUCAAGAUCCCGGCGGCCAGCCUUCAUAACCCACCUCUUGCCAAGGAAGUCAUUUUCCCUGCCCACCUCAUCUCUCUUGUCUCCAACGAGAUGUGGAAGCUUGGCAUGAUCCCCGAAAGCGAGCGUUUCCUCGCAAAUGUCAUGCAGAGCAUCCAGAGCUUCGUCAUGCAAUUCAAGGGCGAGGAUGUCAUUGUGCCAGGUAUUUUCUGGCUUUCCAACGUCCAAGAAGUCUUGUCGUUCAUUUGCGUGGCCGAGUCGGAUGCUCAGCAGGGCAUUGCCCCCGGCAUGGAUGAACCGGGAGGCCGUGAGCUGGACUGGGAAGGAUACGAACGUUUGGUCGGCAUUGUCAAGCACGACCUCGACAGUCUCGAGUACAACAUUUACCACACCUGGAUGUUGGAGGUCAAGAAGAAGCUCGGCAAGAUGGUCAUUCCAGCCUUGAUCGAAUCGCAGUCACUUCCCGGCUUCAUUACGUCGGAUGGCAGUGGCCGUAUGUUCUCCCGAAUGAUUGGCAUGGGUGGCAACAACAACCAGCCCGCAGCGAGCAUGGAUGACAUUCUCAACCUCCUUAACAAGGUCUGGAAGUGCCUCAAGAGCUACUACAUGGAGGAGAGCGUCAUGCAGCAGGUCGUCACCGAGUUGCUCAAGUUGAUUGGUACCAUUGCCUUCAACGACCUUAUCAUGCGCCGUAACUUCUGCUCGUGGAAGAGGGCUAUGCAGAUUCAGUACAACAUUACGCGAAUUGAAGAGUGGUGCAAGGCCCAUGACAUGCCCGAGGGUCUACUCCAGCUUGAGCACCUCAUGCAGGCAACCAAGCUCCUCCAACUUAAAAAGGCCACCAUGGGCGACAUUGAGAUCCUUUUCGACGUCUGCUGGAUUCUCUCUCCUUCCCAAAUCCAGAAGCUUAUCUCGCAAUACCACAAUGCGGAUUACGAGGCUCCUAUUUCGCCGGACAUUCUCAAGGCUGUUGCUGCUCGCGUGCGCCCUGAGGACAAGAACGACCAACUGUUGCUUCAGACUGAGCAAGACGAGGUCGGACCCUACCAGAUUCCCCCACCCCGCGAUAUUGCCGGAUUGGAGACAUAUGUCCCAGCUUGGCUCAAUGUGCCUCUACUGCGCAGGUUGGCGACUUUUGUGGCUUGA